CACACACACACACACACACGGUCAGAGGGAGGCGGAUCUGUAAGUAGACUCCAGGACUUCCUCGGCAGAAAGGAGCGCAGCCUGCAGCGCAAUCAUGGACGAUUCUGCUCCACUUGCCGGUUGCUCUGGGUUUGCGUGGCUGGUGGGAGCGUCACAGGUUCUGGGCGUGACGUCGGUGGUGCUGACCGGUGUGUGGAUGGGACACUACCGCGGGGGCUUUGCUUGGGACGGCUCAUCGCAAGAGUUUAACCUGCAUCCUCUGUGCAUGGUGCUGGGGCUCGUCUUCUUACAGGGCGAUGCCAUCCUGGUCUACAGAGUAUUUCGAAGUGAGCCAAAGAGGAAUGUAAAGGUGCUUCACGGCAUCAUUCACCUGCUCGCCCUCAUCAUCAGCAUCAUAGGUAUUGUUGCUGUGUUUGACUUUCACAGAGAAGCAAAGAUUCCAGACAUGUACUCUCUGCACAGCUGGUGCGGCAUGGCUACCUUAAUCCUAUUCUGCAUACAGUGGGUGAUGGGGCUGCUGUUCUUCCUGUUUCCCGUUGCAUCGUCAUGGUUACGAGCUUCGUAUCUCCCCGUCCAUGUGUUCUGCGGCCUGGUUCUGCUGGUUAUGGCCAUAGGGAGCAGCCUGCUCGGCAUGACAGAGAAACUCCUCUUCAGCAUCAUGCAGCCCUACUCUCUGUUCACACCUGAGGGGGUGCUGGCCAACGUCCUGGGGAUCCUGCUGGUGUGUUUUGGGAUCGUGCUGGGCUACUUGAUCACCAGGGAGGAGUACAGACGUCCUCCAAAUCCAGAGGAAGAGUCUCUGUCCGUCCACUUUAAGACUCUGACUGAGGGGGGGUCACCCACCGGGCCCUGACCUCAGUGAGAUGUCUGAUGUGUCCCCCGUAUCUGGACACUGUGUCCUGCCAACAGCCGUGCUGCAGAAUCUGUUAAUACAAAAUCAUUAGAUUAAACACAUAUGGGCCAGAAGAGACAAGUUCUAUACAUUUAGGUUAAAGCCCAUAAAAUAGACAUCACAGAAAAGACGCUUUAAUCCUGUUAUCAUACCAACCUGAUCCAUAUUACUGAACUGACAAUUUAACACUUCAGAUAGUUUUCAAAUGAUUAGCCUCUUAGAAAACCCUCUUGAUUUCAUACAUGUUCAAGCAGGAAGACAAGCAGCACAACCUGACCUCUGUAAUGACCACAUUCAAGCAAGUGUAGUGGCUUUAUUUUCCUCUGAUGUCACACAGCGGGAGGGAAACUUAUGUCAUACUGCUGUGUUCCAGGUUCCAAGUCAUAUAAAUGAUGUGGCUAUAAUAAAUCAUUAUUGUUUCACUGCUCAGCCAGAGACUGAAUAGACAAUGGAUAGUGAAAUCCCAGGGGGACAAUCUGGCCAUAUUUCAAAUAAUCCUAAAAUAUUAUUGGACAGUUUGGAAUGGCAUGGUGAGUUAGCGGGGAAAAUGGUUGAAUACUAACAUUAGCGGCUGCCUCGUGGUUUAUCUCGUUGUUUUACCUUGAAAUAUGGCCAGUGUCUUUCAGGAAUCAGUCAAAUACUAAUGAUAAGUGAGAGUCCAUUGUUUAUACUUUUUUGUUGUUCAGCAUCAGUGGAACAUUUGAGCUUCCCAACUGACACUGACAUGAGCGGAAGACGGCCAUCAUUUGAAUUUGGUCUAUCAUAUUCCCUGUAGCCCUGAUGUGUAGCUUGAUGAUUGAAGAUGUCACCUAGGCCAAACUUACAGUUUUAAAACCUUUUAAUGCAGAGAUACACAUAUAGCUUAGGAGUGUCUGCAGCUCAGGACCUGUACAAACUGAAGAAACCACAUUUGCAGAUCAGUGACCUCCCACUAGAUGAUCACUGCAUAAUCCUAACAUUUAAACACAAGCCCAGCCCCUACCUGUAUCUGACCUGAAGCUUUACUGUUGCUCAGUUUCACUCAUUACAGAUUGUUUGCCUCACUUUCUCACUAAUACUACUUGUGGCUUCAUUCUCAGUCUCUUUUUGUCUCCCAGCUGGGAACUGUCAGAGAAGAGAAGAAAUGUCUCAAUAAAGUGCUUAUAAAAACUAAAGACUUACCUAAAGCAACACAACAGAAAUGGCUUGAACUCAAACUGGAACUCAAGCCCAAGUCAUCGGGUCAGUUAGUGUCAGUAUAAGGAACAAUAAUGGAUACUUCUUAUCAAAAGACUGAAUCAGCUUUUAAUGUACUCAGCCUACUAAUGUUGCAAAGAAAUGUGAAUUAGAAUUUUUUUUGCGGGGGCCGUAUCAAUACCGUACCGUUAUCAAAUGGAAUUUUUUUUGUAGUCUAAACUUAAUCAACAGAGUAACAUGUUAUCUUAAGUAGAGCUGUAUCACUGCUGAACGCCAAUGAUUUAAAGUUGAGCAAUUAACAACAAAUGAUGGUUUUGAACCAGGACCUUCAGUACACAGAUUGGGAAGCUUGUGCAAAUCAACAUGUGCCAAAUUAAAUAUUCUUCGCCUGUUAUUUUAAUGUGCUGAAUAAAUCAAAAUUGCAUGUUUUCUGCUGCUAUGUAUAUACUUUUUUUUUUGACCAUGUGUUGUUUAGGCAAAUCUGAUUGGAGUCAGUGUUGGCGGAUACAGAAUAUUAAAGGUGCAAUUUGUAACACUUUGGGGUUGAAACUGGAAUAUUUAACAAAUGGUGAAGAAACCACAGAUGUUAAAUGCUUUAUGGACAUCUAUCCGAUUAUGAUAAUGCUGCCAAUACUCUAUAAGGAUAUCAGUAAAACAAUGGGUAAACUUUUUUAAAGUUAUUGAAAGUCACAAGAAAAGGUCUCAUAGAGGAUUUAGCUUCUGUGGAUAAUUUAUAUCACACUACUAGUACACUGCUAAUUGCAUUCAAAUGAAGUCUGUCCUUGAUCACAGUAUCUGUAUACCUACCUGUCCCGUAUCCAAGUGGUUUAAAGCCCUGUUUAAAACAAAAUGUACUCCAUUUGUCCAUCAGUAUGCUGUCUGUAUUUAAAUGGAUUGUCAUGAAAAAAUAUACCUGUUCAGUGUGUGUAUGUUAUUAGAGUUUAUUUACUUUAUGCAUUUUUACCUAAAGCUGUCAUAUCACAUAUUUGAACCUGGUUAACCAAUUAAAAAACAUCUAAAAUUUUGGGAUUUUCAGGUUCAGGUAUUGACUAUAGUGCCUAUAAUACAAAGCUCUUUACAAUGUUGUUCUCAUUGUCUCAAUCUCAUUAGUAAAACCUGUAACAAACAGAA